UUGAUUUGGUGAACUACCAAAAUGGCAUAACUGCUAAAUAUAAUACUAAUUAGAAAAAAAAUUACGCCAAAAAACAGAAGAAGAAAGGAAAGAAAUUGUAGCAGGAGGGAUCUUUAAUUUCUACUUUUUUGGCCCUUCUCUCUGUUUCAUCGUCCGUAGAAACGAAGCUUCGUUAGAAAUCGAAAUAAGCGAAGACAAAAGCAGAACGGACAGUAAGUGGAAUCGAAUCGGAAUAUUCUAUUUAUUUUGAAUCGUUGUUUUUUGGUUGGUUUGGUUUGGAUCAGUUUGGUUAAGGGAAGAGAAAGGAAACGAUGAGUGGUGGUGGUGGUGGAUGGGAGAGGGUAAGGUCAUCGAGAUCGAGAUUAGGUAGAGAUGCGAGCUCCACAUCAUCUCGGACGGUUCGACUCGGCCGAGUCCAGCCUCAGGCGCCUGGUCACCGUACUAUUUACUGUAAUGACCGCGACGCUAAUUUCCCCGUCAGAUUCAAGGGGAAUUCUAUAUCAACCACGAAGUACAAUUUCUUAACAUUUCUCCCAAAGGGAUUGUUUGAACAGUUCAGGCGGGUGGCCAAUUGCUACUUUCUCUUGAUAUCUAUUUUAUCAAUGACACCGAUCAGUCCUGUCAAUCCUGUGACAAAUGUGGUCCCUUUGAGCUUGGUACUUUUAGUUUCUCUUAUUAAGGAGGCAUUUGAGGACUGGAAGCGCUUUCAGAAUGAUAUGGUGAUUAACAAUAGUCCUGUAGAAGUGUUGCAAGAUCAAAAGUGGGAGACUAUCCCCUGGAAGAAGUUGCAAGUUGGAGACAUUAUUAAGGUUAAGCAGGAUGGAUUCUUUCCUGCAGAUCUGCUUUUUCUUGCUGCUACAAACCCAGAUGGUGUCUGUUAUAUUGAGACGGCAAAUUUGGAUGGGGAAACAAAUUUGAAGAUCAGAAAGGCAUUGGAAAGGACUUGGGAUUACUUGACCCCUGAAAAAGCUGCUGAAUUCAAAGGUGAAGUGCAGUGUGAGCAGCCAAACAAUUCGCUUUACACUUUCACUGGCAAUCUUAUAAUCCAAAAGCAGACGUUACCUCUCAGUCCAAACCAACUUCUUUUAAGAGGAUGCAGCCUCAGGAACACAGAGUUCAUUGUUGGGGCUGUUAUAUUUACAGGUCAUGAGACAAAGGUUAUGAUGAAUUCUAUGAAUGUUCCUUCAAAGAGGAGUACACUGGAGAGAAAACUUGACAAACUUAUUCUUACCCUUUUUGGAUCUCUUUUCAUUAUGUGCCUGAUUGGAGCGAUAGCCAGCGGUAUAUUCAUAAACCAUAAGUACUACUACCUAGGUCUUGAUGAAGGUGCGCCAACAGAAUUUAACCCUAGCAACCGAUUUGGGGUUGCUGCGCUGACUUUGUUUACACUUAUCACCUUAUACUCAACAAUAAUCCCCAUCUCCUUAUAUGUUUCCAUUGAGAUGAUCAAAUUUAUACAAUGCACCCAAUUUAUCAACAAGGACCUACAUAUGUACCAUGCUGAAACCAACACCGCCGCAUUGGCUAGGACUUCCAAUUUGAAUGAGGAACUUGGACAGGUGGAAUAUAUAUUUUCUGAUAAAACUGGCACUUUAACAAGAAAUUUAAUGGAGUUCUUUAAGUGUUCAAUUGGAGGUGAGGUCUAUGGGACUGGUAUCACUGAAAUAGAGCGGGGUGGAGCACAGUGGAAUGGAAUGAAAGUUCAAGAAGUGCACAAACCAGUUGGCGCAAUACAUGAGAAGGGGUUCAAUUUUGAUGAUUCUAGACUUAUGCGUGGAGCUUGGAGGAAUGAGCCUAAUGCUGAUACAUGCAAGGAAUUUUUUAGAUGCCUUGCAAUAUGUCAUACAGUGCUUCCUGAAGGUGACGAAUCCCCUGAGAAGAUUACAUAUCAGGCUGCAUCACCAGAUGAGGCUGCUUUGGUUACUGCUGCAAAGAACUUUGGUUUUUUCUUCUACAGGCGCACACCUACAAUGAUAUAUGUUCGUGAAUCUCAUGCGGAGAAGAUGGGUAAAAUUCAGGACGUGUCUUAUGAGAUUUUAAAUGUUCUCGAGUUCAACAGCACACGAAAACGCCAAUCGGUUGUUUGUCGAUAUCCUGAUGGCAGACUUGUCUUAUACUGCAAGGGUGCUGAUACUGUAAUAUUUGAGAGAUUGGCUGAUGGAAAUGAUGGUCUAAAAAAAAUAACCAGGGAACACUUGGAACAAUUUGGCUGUGCUGGAUUACGUACUCUCUGCCUAGCUUAUAGAGAUUUAAGUCCAGAAUUAUAUGAAAGCUGGAAUGAGAAGUUUAUUCAAGCUAAAUCUUCUCUUAGAGACCGUGAAAAGAAGUUAGAUGAGGUGGCAGAACUUAUAGAGAAGGAACUUAUUUUGAUUGGUAGUACUGCUAUAGAAGACAAGCUUCAAGAAGGAGUUCCAGGUUGUAUCGAGACUCUUUCCAGAGCUGGAAUCAAAAUUUGGGUGCUUACAGGGGACAAGAUGGAAACAGCAAUUAAUAUAGCUUAUGCUUGCAACUUGAUAAAUAAUGAGAUGAAACAAUUUAUCAUCAGUUCAGAAACUGAUGCAAUCAGAGAAGUUGAGAACAAGGGUGACCAAGUGGAAAUUGCACGCUUUAUCAAGGAAGAAGUGAAAAAAGAGCUGAAGAAGUGCCUUGAGGAAGCACAGCACUCUUUGAACACUGUUUCUGGACCAAAGUUAGCGCUUGUUAUUGACGGAAAGUGCUUGAUGUAUGCGUUGGACCCCACUUUACGAGCAAUGCUGUUGAAUUUGAGCUUGAAUUGUAGUUCAGUUGUUUGCUGCCGUGUUUCUCCUUUGCAGAAAGCACAGGUGACUAGUUUGGUCAAGAAAGGUGCUCGUAAAAUAACGCUUAGCAUUGGAGAUGGUGCCAAUGAUGUUAGCAUGAUUCAAGCUGCUCAUAUUGGUGUUGGAAUAAGCGGAUUGGAAGGAAUGCAAGCAGUUAUGGCUAGUGAUUUUGCAAUUGCCCAGUUUUGCUAUCUUGCUGAUUUACUUCUUGUGCAUGGACGGUGGUCAUAUCUUAGGAUAUGCAAGGUCAUCACAUAUUUCUUUUACAAGAAUCUUACAUUUACGCUGACUCAAUUUUGGUUCACCUUUCAUACUGGCUUUUCGGGUCAAAGAUUUUAUGAUGAUUGGUUCCAGUCACUGUACAAUGUCAUAUUCACGGCACUGCCAGUAAUCAUUGUUGGGCUUUUUGACAAGGAUGUCAGUGCAUCACUUUCAAAAAAGUACCCUGAACUGUACAAAGAGGGUAUAAGAAAUGCCUUUUUCAAGUGGAGAGUUGUGGUGACAUGGGCUUGCUUUUCUGUAUACCAGUCCCUAAUCUUUUAUCACUUUGUUACCACUUCAAGUGCUAGUGGUAAAAAUUCAUCAGGCCGGAUGUUUGGGCUCUGGGAUGUCAGCACAAUGGCCUUCACUUGUGUUGUUGUCACGGUUAACUUGCGUCUUCUUAUGAUCUGUAACUCAAUUACGAGGUGGCAUUAUAUUAGUGUUGGAGGAAGCAUUUUAGCGUGGUUUACUUUCAUUUUUGUAUAUUCAAUAUUUAGGGAGAACGUAUUUUUCGUCAUAUAUGUAUUAAUGAGCACAUUCUAUUUCUAUCUCACACUUCUUCUGGUUCCCAUUGUUGCAUUGCUUGGAGACUUCAUUUACCAAGGGGCUCAAAGAUGGUUCUUCCCGUAUGAUUAUCAGAUUGUUCAGGAGAUCCACAGGCAUGAACCCGAUGAUAGCAGUAGGGCAGGAUUUCUGGAGAUUGAGAAUCGGCUUACACCACAGGAGGAAAGGAGCUAUGCUAUAGCUCAACUCCCACGAGAGAUAUCUAAACACACCGGCUUUGCUUUUGAUUCACCUGGGUAUGAGUCAUUUUUUGCUGCACAGCUAGGUAUAUAUGCUCCACAAAAGGCUUGGGAUGUUGCACGGAGAGCCAGCAUGAGGUCACAGCCUAAAACUCCCAAAAAGAAGUAACUUAGAUAAGUAUCAUUGUACAAAGUAAUUUUUGGUCUCAAUAUUGUUGGUCAAUCUUAGAAAAAUUUGUAAAUUUAGAUGUUAGUAUUGUUUAGUUUGUCUUAUAUUUUCCAUUCAAUUUUGGUGUACCUUCAAUGUUGUUUUCCAGGCGGAAUUUAUAGCAGUCCGUAGGUUGUGAAGUAUGUACAGCUAAUUGACAUAAUUUAACUUAAAUGAGAACUCUGGUGUGCAAGCUGAUUCUGCAUUCCACUUUAUUAA